AUGCUCUGGGACGUCAAUGGCACAAGACAACCUCAAUUCCACCCUCGCAAACCAAUCUCCAGCCCCCUCAAACCACGACCAAAAGCAAUGAUAGAUCUGGACGUCAAACCCACACAAACGAAUGCUUCGGCCAAUCUCUCCAUCUCCAGCAGUGAUCUCCUGGCUAUCCAAUCUGCCAUCCUCGACCAAUUGCAAGAACGAACUCAUACACCUUUCGUUGGUCUCUCCUCUGAAUACGACAAACUCGCUUCUGUGGUGGAUCAGACUAUUGUUGCUGGAGAGAGCAACAGUAUCCUCAUCAUCGGCGCCCGCGGAACUGGAAAAUCUGCUGUCCUAAACACAAUCUUACAAGACCAGUGCCUACGAAACCCAGAUCUGUUCCAUGUAGUCAGGCUCAAUGGGUUCAUCCAUACAGACGACAAGAUCGCUUUACGAGACAUCUGGCGCCAACUAGGCAAAGAAGCAGAUGCCGAAGACGAAUUUGCAGCCCAGAAUGCUGCAGAUACAUUGACUACACUUCUGGCUCUCCUCUCUCACCCCGAAGAACUAGGCAGGAGUGCAGACCAAGUCACUAAAUCUGUUAUCUUCGUACUUGACGAGUUUGAUUUGUUUACUACGCAUCCAAGACAGACGUUACUUUAUAAUCUGUUUGACAUUGCGCAGAGCAGAAAAGCUCCUAUUGCUGUUAUUGGCACUACGACGAGAUUUGAUGUUGUCGAGCAAUUGGAGAAGAGAGUCAAGAGUAGGUUUUCACACCGAUAUGUGCAUUUAUCGUCGGCUGCCAAUCUUUCUGCCUUCAGAGAAAUGUGUCAGAAUGCUUUGAUGCCGUUUUCUGCGAAAGGGGUUUCUGAAGAGGGUAACAAGGUGUGGAAAGAGAUUGUCAAUGAUCUGUUUACUGCCGAAAGCUUUAAUACGCAUUUGAGAGGGUUGUAUUACUUGAAUAAGAGCGUAAGGGCUUUUCACACGAGCAUGUUGGUGGCGGUUAGCACGUUACCUACUUCUGGGUCUUCCACAGUACAAGCAGAAGACUUGCUCGACCAUCUCAGCGACACGACAUCUCUAUCCCUCCUCACACCUCCUGACUCCAAACUCGCAGCUCUAGCCUCUUUAUCGACUCUUCAACUCGCCCUCCUCAUCGCCGCAGCCCGCCUCACCAUCAUCCACGACACCGAGACCGUAACUUUCGCCCUCGCCCACGCCGAAUACGUGUCUCUAGCUUCCAAAGCCAAAAUUGCUGCUUCGGCAUCUGGACAAAUGGCUGUGGGAGGCGGUAUAGGCAGGGUAUGGAGUAAAGAAGUUUGUAAGACUGCUUGGGAGGGGUUGGAAAGAAGGAAAUUGGUCAUGGCAGAGGGGAAGGGAGGAGGAUAUAGGGUUGAUGUUAGACUCGAGGAGAUUGGAGAGGCAGAGGUUGAGUUGGGGGCGGUGAUGGGCAAGUGGUGUAGAGAGAUCUAG